AUGUCUGCCCAGAGCUACUACGGAUCUUCCUCCAACUCCUCCAACUAUCCUCAACAGGCUCAGUAUGCCCAACAGCCAAGCCAGAGCUCUCAUUAUGGCCAGGCCCAGGGAGCUCCUUAUCAGCAGUCCUACAACGCCCAGGCAUACCAGACCCACCCCCAGGCUCACGGCCAGCCUGAGAUGAUGGCCGGCCCCGACGGCGAGCGAGGUCUCGGUGCAACUGUCGUCGGAGGCGGUGCCGCUGGCUGGACAGCCCACAAGGCCGGCGCAGGCAUGCUUGGCAGCCUUGCGAGCGCCGCUGCCGGUGCCAUUGGUGCCAAUUUCCUCGAGAACAAGCUCAAGAAGCAUCGCAAGGAUAAGAAGAACAAGCACUAA